UUUCAGGGUCAGUGAUGGGGAUAUAUUCUUGGUUAUUAACUGCGUUCGGCUUUUAAGAUGAGUUUGAUCUUUUGGCCAAUUUCACUCUAACUUUUAGUUUGAAUAAUAGAUUUUCAAGGUAAAAAAUUAUGAAAGAGAGCAUAACAGUGAGGAAAAUUUCAGAAUAUUGAGGAAAACCCCUCAAGUACUCAUCACCCUAACUGGUGUCCUGUGCUUCUUUCCAGGCUUUUCCUGUAGAAAAGGUGUUUGUAGAUGGUCAUCCUGGUAUAGAGGUUUUUUUUAUUUCCUCAUCACUUAAUAUUUCAUCACAAAUACUUUUCCAAGAUGCUGUACGGUCUCCAAAGCCAUUUUUCCCAGCUGCAUGCUAGUCUCACGAAGGUCCUGUGACACAGGAUUACAGUCUGAAAGGUGAACUGGUCAGAAUACAAUCUCCAGCUGUGGGACCGGGCUCAGGCAGGGAGCUGAGUUAGACUCUGAAGUGCUGGGACCCCAGGGGUAGUGGGAGCCCCGCUCUCAUGUGAGAUCUGGCCUGUGAUUGAAUGCUCCAAGUGACAGGGCAUUCCUUGUCCUUCUGAGAUUAAUCAUCCAUUCUGUUAAGUCCAAGUGACUUUCUAGUAUUCAGAAUUUUUGGUGAGUGUUUCUAGUGGACAUUCUUAUGACGCAUAUUUACCUGGUACACAUGGGCCCAGAAACUCUCGGGCAGCCUGGCCCAGCUGCUUUCUGAUCUUCUGUACUAGGCACCCAAUUCCUACACCUCAAUUCUGCUGCUGCAGAAAGGAUGAAUGAUGCCUACUUCUUUGGAGAAAUUGUGUGAGAAUUAACAUAUCAAAAGAUGUAGCUGCCUUGAUUCUCAUUCUGAUGUCUCUAAGGCAGUUUUUAAAAUUACCCAGUCACUUCUUAACUGUUACUUAUUAGCUAUAACUUAUUAUUUUUUUAGUUACUUAUUAUAUCUCUGUAAGGGGUCUGUAGUACAGGAGAAGACCUAGUGCCUCUGGCAGGUUCCAUAUCUGUAUCUUCAUGGUGCGUUUCUCCUGUAUGUUUUCUGGAGCCAGCUGCGUUAGAGGCUGUUCCUAUGGACAGCUGUCUCACAGUCUAAGCCCUGGCUCUGGUGGGCCAAGACCCUGUCUCUUGGAUUCAUUUCUGAAUUCCCAGAACAGAGCCAUUCAUCUAACAAACAUUUCCCAAGUACCUUCCGCGUGCCAGACAGCGUUCUAGGUUUGGGGGUACAGUGGUGAACAGGACAAAGCUGACCUAACUCGCUGUCCUCAGGGAGCAGACACUGUGGUGGGGCUCACAGUCUCGGCACUGAGCGCCCUGGUGUGCGGCCGGGGCAGCCGGAGCAGGAGUGCAGGGGGAGGGGGCAGAGGUGUCAGGCUGCGCUUGUAGAUCCGAGUAAGGCCUGACUUUUUACUCCAUGUGAAAUGAGCCCCCUCGGAGGGCUUGGGGCAGAGGACUGACACAAUUAGAAGGCUCGUUCUGGCUGCUGUGUGAACAGACUGAAAGCUGGCGGAGGAAGAUGGGAGACCAUCGAGGAGGUGACUGCAAUAAUUGAGGCAAAAGAUGGUGGCCUCCGCCAGGGCAGGCGUGGUGGUGGUGAUGAGAAGGGACGGAUUUUGGAUAUUUUACUGUGUUUUGAUUUUAGUUUUAAACCUCUCGUGUACAUACAGAAAAUACCAGAGGGGUACAACGAACACCUGCCUUUCCCUCACCCACCUUCCGCAGCUGUCAGUACGCCUCCACUUCCGCUUUCCCUGUCUCUACUAUUACGGUUGUUUGCUGAAGCUUUAGAGAGUAAGUUGCAUCCAUCAUAACCUUUCAGCCCUUAAUGUUUCUCCUAGGAAAAACAACAUCCUUGCAGACAACCAUAGCCCAGCUAUCAAAUUGAAGAAGUUUAACGUUGAGGAAAAAAUAAAUCACAUUUAUUCAGUUCCAGUGUCCUUUGUACCCAUUUUUUCCCCAGUGCAAGAUCCAGUGCAGGCUCACAUGUUGCGUUGAGUUUUCCUAUCUUUCAGGUUUUCAGAAUGUCUUUCAGUUGGGGUUUUCUGAUUCUUACAAUUGGAUUGGAGGGUUACAUUUUUGGCGGGAGUGUGACACAUGGGAUAUUUUGUCUGUCAGGGUACUGGAGAUAGACAUUUGAGGGUAGCUCAAGAAGGGUUUGUUGAGAGAUGGGAUGUGAGGGAGAGGAAACGAGGUUUUGACGUUACCUGUAAGUGACAUACGGGGGAGACUCUGGGAGGGGCAGGGCUUUGGAGGGAGAUUGGGGGGAGAUUAGGGCGGGUGUAUGCACAGCGUCCGCAGCCCGCGUGCUGAUGGGUGCUCACAGGAUGUCUGUAGUUGAAUUUCAUGCCAGUCAACUAGGAAAGUAGCCCGCGUAAGCUGGAAGGCCGACAGUAGCGCCCGGGAGUCCUGGGACUUACCCAGUUGUAGGUUAAACCCUGGCCUGGUCUCCCUGCAUCCCAGCUACUCUCCACUUCUCCCUGUCGUGUGCAGCCUGAGUAGGGAGAAACGUUCCUGCCUACUGCUCUCUCUCCCUGUGCCCUCCUGUGACCCUGCCUCUCAUCCCUUAAUAAUGUUUGCCCUGUGUUUCCCACUCUACAAGGGGAGUAAGUGGAAAAAUCAGGUUCCAGAUAACAGAGACCCGCUAGCUUGGAGGGUUGGGAGCAGAAUACCUCUGUCCUUACAUUCAUAUGGAGGGUUUGCUUCAUAAACAAUUCAAGCCUUCUUUCCCUCUCUCUCUUUAAUCUUUUUUUCUUUUAAAGUUUAAGCUCAUAUCCCAGGCAUAUGAAGUGCUUUCAGAUCCAAAGAAAAGGGACAUCUAUGACCAGGGCGGCGAACAGGCGAUAAAGGAAGGAGGCUCAGGCAGCCCCAGCUUCUCGUCCCCCAUGGACAUCUUUGACAUGUUCUUUGGUGGCGGAGGACGGAUGGCUAGAGAGAGAAGAGGCAAGAAUGUUGUACAUCAGUUGUCUGUAACUCUUGAAGAUUUAUAUAAUGGAGUCACAAAGAAAUUGGCUCUCCAGAAAAAUGUAAUUUGUGAGAAAUGUGAAGGUGUUGGUGGGAAGAAAGGCUCCGUGGAGAAGUGCCCGCUGUGCAAGGGGCGGGGGAUGCAGAUCCACAUCCAGCAGAUCGGGCCAGGCAUGGUGCAGCAGAUCCAGACCGUGUGCAUCGAGUGCAAGGGCCAGGGCGAGCGCAUCAACCCCAAGGACCGCUGCGAAAACUGCAGUGGCGCUAAGGUCAUCCGAGAGAAGAAGAUUAUCGAGGUGCACGUGGAGAAAGGUAUGAAGGAUGGGCAAAAGAUACUAUUUCAUGGAGAAGGAGAUCAGGAGCCUGAGCUGGAGCCUGGUGAUGUCAUAAUUGUGCUUGAUCAGAAGGAUCAUAGUGUCUUUCAGAGACGAGGCCAUGACUUGAUCAUGAAAAUGAAAAUUCAGCUUUCUGAAGCCCUUUGUGGCUUCAAGAAGACGAUAAAAACACUGGAUGAUCGAGUUCUUGUUAUUACAUCCAAAUCAGGUGAGGUGAUAAAGCACGGGGACCUGAAAUGUGUGCGGAAUGAAGGAAUGCCAAUCUACAAGGCGCCCCUGGAGAAGGGGACUCUGAUCAUACAGUUUUUAGUUAUUUUUCCUGAAAAACACUGGCUUUCUCAAGACAAGCUUCCUCAGCUGGAAGCUCUUCUCCCUCCUCGACAGAAAGUCAGGAUUGCAGAUGACAUGGAUCAGGUGGAGCUGAAGGAGUUUAAUCCCAGUGAGCAGAACUGGCGCCAGCACAGGGAGGCCUACGAGGAGGACGAUGACGGGCCCCGGGCCGGCGUGCAGUGCCAGACGGCGUGAUGCGGCCGGCGCGGCGUGGCCCGGCCGGACUAGCACGUGAUGAAUGUAAAGUUGGCACAAUGAAAAUGGCAUCGCUUUAAUGGCCUCGUGUUUGGGGUGUCCUGUGUAUGUGUUCAGCAUUCUCAAUUGCUGAGUGUCUUUUUGGUUUUUCUUUUGGUUGUAACUUAAGUUAUAGCUUAAUUUAUAUUUAAAUGUUUUAAGUGUAAAUCACCUCUAGUCUGCAUAUGGAAUCUGUUUAUUUACAUUUUCAGGAUACUUUUGAGAUGCCAGUAACCGCACUGACACUUUGUGCUUCUAGUGGCUUUGCCAUAACUCAGUUGCACCAAUAAAGCACAGCCCAGGCAAGAGCACUCAGCCCAUCGCGAGCCUCCAGGCCCGAGGUGGGCGACCUGGCCGCCUCCAGCUCUGCAGUCUCUCUUCCCUCCCUCCUCCCUCCCGCGGGAGUUACUGAGGGCAUGAUCUCAGGGCUGCUAAUGUGACCUUUCUGAAUCUAGAUCCUAGAUGACUCUCCUCCAGAAUAAAAGCACAUCUGUGUAUUGGCCUUGGCUGCAGUGCCUGGUUCAUGCUGAGUGGGCUGCAGGGCCAACUUGAUUCCUACUGUUCUGUGAGUGCUUGGAACGGGUUGUGUGUGUCUGAUCAACUCUCUUGGAAGCUUCCCGCACCUUCCAAGCCUUGUGGUGAGGACUAGCCAGUGUUUUAAACAAAACGCCGAUAAAACUGUUUGCCUGUGACCCCCGCACCGUGUUCUUUGUGGUUUUAUUUUGUUGACAGCCUUUGCAGUAUUCUCCCACCAAAGUGCUUACUUGUAAAGAAAACGAGACCAUCCAUGUCCCCAGCAGCCUCAGUGCAGCAGCAGAAGCCAUGGGAGAACACUGGUGGUUUGGCCUCGUGGCACAGCCAGCUUCCCUGUCUGACCCGUGAUCCUGGAUGACUUGAGGGUCUGGAAAGGCAGAGAAGGUCUCAGUGUUUUGCACCUCAUUCUCCCAGACUCAGCUCCCUCCCAAAGGACUGCCCCUCUUCUUGCACAGCCAUAUCACAAAGGGCUUCCUGUCCAAGGGUAACGUUUUAGUGGGAACUGCACUGAUCGAGUGCCACUGUGGGCUGCAGGCUGUAGGGACUGCCACUGUAAAUGACAGCUUGUUUGGAGGGGGUUAGGCAUUAAUUUACUCCUGGCAGGAAGAUUACAAUUUAAAUUUAGGGUUACCUCAACCUUUAGCUAUUACUACUCCUUUCCUCCCCAGACUAGCCAUGAAGAAAAACAGCUCCCUUCUAAGCUGCUGGCCACUUUUCAGAGCCACCCUUACUUGGUUCUACAGUACCUGAGAGCUUGACUUAGACCAGGGACCUCCCUGGGAGGGCCAAAGGCAGAUCAGACCCAUGGCAUGCAGGUCCGGCGGAUGGACCAGGCUCCAGCAUAACACUGCUGGCUAGUGAGAGCGCAUAACGUGCUCAAACUAGGUAUAGAAAGAGCUCUGUCUAUUGGUCAGGAAAGACAUGAAAGCUAUUCUUCCAACUAAGACUAUAUGAAAAUCAAUUUACAAGCGGACCACAACUCCGGGGUGUUGUUUCUGUGCUGUGACUAAUAAAUUGCUAGAAAAUUACUGUCUAGUUGAUGGGACAGAAUUACAUUCAGCUCCUUGUCAUGUAAAUGGGAUUUGGAGGGUGUUGCUUAAAAUUUAUUCCACCUGUACAUUUGUCACUUUAAAAUUAAAAUUGAGCUGG